CUAUUGGUCAACGAGAAGGUUAUGCAAGAAGUCAAUGAGCUGAAACAAGGAGUGGCUGACUACUUCAGGAAUCUAUUUGCAAAGGAAGACUGGAAAAGGCCAAUUUUGGAGGGCAUGGAAUUUAACAAAAUUUUUGAAGCAGAAAAGGAGCUUUUAACUAAACCGUUUCUUGAAUCAGAGGUCAAAGCAGCUGUAUGGAACUGUGACAGUGCAAAAGCCCCGGGUCCGGAUGGUCUGAGCUUUGGGUUUUUGAAAGCAAAAUGGGAAGUGGUUAAAGAUGAUAUAUUGAAGUUUCUAACGGACUUCCAUAUCAACAAUAAGCUGGUAAGGGGUUCCAAUUCAUCUUUUCCGGUAUUGAUACCUAAAAAGGAGAACCCACAAGGACUAGAAGAGUAUAGGCCUAUUUCCCUAAUAGGUUGCAUGUACAAAAUCCUUGCUAAAAUCCUUACUAAAAUCCUUGCCAACAGAUUGAGUAAAGUGUUGGAUGGGCUCAUAGGUGAACAACAAUCAACAUUCAUUGGAGGGAGGCAACUGGUUGAUGGAGUAGUCAUCGCAAAUGAGACGAUAGAUGAAAUUAGAAGGAAAAAAUUGAGUUGUUUCCUCUUCAGGGCCGACUUUGAGAAGGCGUACGACAAUGUCAGCUGGGAAUUCUUGGAUUAUAUGUUGGAAAGGAUGAAUUUUGGCUUGGUAUGGAGAGGGUGGAUUCGAGAAUGUCUGCAAACAAACUCAGUAUCUGUUGUGCUCUAUGGUAGCCCAACAAAAGAGUUUACUAUGUGUAGGGGAUUAAGACAAGGGGAUCCCUUAGCUCCUUUCCUGUUCCUUAUUGUUGCGGAAGGGCUUAAUGGGGAUGGCAGAAACACGAAAUUCUGGUUGGAUGAAUGGGUAGGAGGGAGUGCACUAUCUAACAAAUUUCCACGCUUGUUUAUGUUAUCCACAAGUGAAAAUUACAAUGUGAAAGACAUGGGAACUUGGAUGAAUGGAAGCUGGCAAUGGAAAUUAUUAUGGAAGCGUCAAUUGCGUUCGUGGGAGGAAGACAUGGAAACAGAACUUUUGGAGAUGCUCAAGACAGCUCACCCAAUACAAAACAAAGAAGACCAAUGGUGGUGGCAACCAGAACCCUCAGGAAACUACACAUCUAAGUCAGCUUACUCUCAUCUCCUAAAGGGCGACACCAGGCCUAUAGCUGACUUCACAAGGAUGUGGAAGGCCUCCAUUCCACCUAAAUGUAAUACAUCAACUGAAACACCCGACCACUUGCUUGUUAAUUGUAACCUGGCUUCCAGCUUAUGGAUGAAUUGCUACAAGUGGUGGGGCAAGCAAUAUGUAUUAGGUUUGGAUGGGUUCUCUUUAACAAAUUGGUGCGAGAAUCCAAUCAAAUGUUUAAAGAUCAAAGUCAAAGAGAAAGAUAGAGUAUGAACUGGACUUUUCUGGGACUUUAUGUUUGUGCUGCCCUUUUACAGAAGCCGGUGAAAAAGUAAAUCUUUGUAAUCUGCUGAUUUUGUAAGUAAAGGGUUGGAAUACCCCCUGUAUUCCAUAAUUAAUAAAUGCUUUUGCCCUUC